UUGAAGAAAAGCGGCGUGGCGGCUGCGGGCCGAGCGUCGCGGCGCCAGCCAGGGUCAUUGAGAAAAACACAGGCAGCCAACAGCGCCCUGCCAUUCACAUCUCGCAGCCUAUAGAUGCAACCCGCCUCGCUCUUUCUUGAGGGAAAUACAAUUUUCUUUUAAAGACAAUUUUUUUUUUUUGCAGCUGAAAAUCAAUUUGCUUUUAAGUAGAACAUUUCUACAAUUUAGGUUUUAUUUCAAAGUAGGGAAGCAGACUAAUUUUGCAAUUGUUUUAAGGACGAUUUUUGUUCAGCUGAUAAUUAAUUUUUCUUUGCUUUGAAGCAGAACAUUUUUUGCAAUUUAGGUCUUAUUUGCAAAGUAGGGAAUAGGAUUCAAUUUUGCAAUUAUUUUCAAGCCGAUUUUUGUGCAGAUGAAAAUUGAUUUUGCCUUUUUUCUUGGCUUUAAUUUGCAAAGUAGAAUUUGUUUUACAAUUUAGGGUUUAUUUGCAAAAUAGGGAAUUGGACUCAUUUUUAGCAAUUCAGGUUUCAUUUGCAAAGUAGGGAAGGAAGGUUGUUUGUGGUAGGGGAGGUAUCUAGUUUAUUCCAUUGAUAAAGUCGACAGGUUGGCGGCGGCUGUUUUGCUUCAGCUGAUGAUCGUUCAGUGAUUUCUGCCCCCAUGUUAGAGAAAUUUCCCUGUUGCCCGGAAAUGGCGAUCUGCAAGGCGGCGGGCUGGCUCCACGACCAGCUGGUGCGGGGCAGCGACAGCCUGCUGCUGAUGGACUGCCGUGCCCAUGAGCUGUACGAGUCCUCGCACAUCGAGGCGGCCAUCAGCGUGGCCAUCCCGGGCCUGAUGCUAAGAAGGCUGAGGAAAGGGAACUUCCCCGUCAAGUCCCUCAUCUCCAACCACGAAGACAAGGAACGCUUCGCUCGCCGCUGCAAGACCGACAUCAUCCUCCUGUACGACGAGAACUCGGCGGAGUGGAACGAAAACCUCUACACCACCUCCGUGCUCGGCCUCCUACUGAGAAAGUUAAGGGACGAAGGUUGCAAAGUGUUCUGCUUGGAAGGUGGAUUCAGUAAGUUCCAGGCGGAGUAUCCAGCACACUGUGAGACCAACCUGGAGAGCCUGUGUUGCAGUAUCUCCCCCACCGUGCCCGUCCUCGGACUCGGCGGCCUCCGCAUCAGCUCCGACUCCUCCGACAUCGAGUCGGACGCACCGAGCAGCGCCACCGAGUGCGAGGGCAGUCCUCUGUCCAACAAUCACCAGCCUCCCUUCCCGGUCGAGAUCUUGCCCUAUCUGUACCUAGGCUGCGCCAAGGACUCCACCAACCUCGACGCUCUGGAGGAACACGGGAUCAAGUAUAUCCUCAACGUCACCCCCAACCUCCCCAACCUGUUUGAGAACGCAGGCGAAUUUAAAUACAAGCAAAUCCCCAUCUCCGACCACUGGAGUCAGAACCUGUCCCAAUUCUUCCCAGAAGCAAUUGCCUUCAUAGAUGAAGCUCGCAACCAGAGCUGCGGUGUGUUGGUGCACUGCCUGGCCGGCAUCAGCCGCUCGGUCACCGUGACCGUGGCUUACCUGAUGCAGAAGCUCAACCUGUCCAUGAAUGACGCCUACGACAUCGUGAAGAUGAAGAAGUCCAACAUUUCCCCCAACUUCAACUUCAUGGGGCAGCUGCUGGACUUUGAACGGACCCUGGGCCUCAGCAGCCCCUGUGACAACCGGGUGACCGCUCAGCCCCUCUACUUCAGCACUCCCACCAACCACAAUGUCUUCCAGCUCGACGCACUGCAAUCCACUUGACCCAGAAGCUAAACGCCCAUGGGUGAAACCGGGCAGGAAAAAUUUUAACGGUCGGAUCACUGACACAUGAAGGGAUCGGACUGGCUCUGGUAAAGACAACUGAUCUUGACCAAGCAGCCUGUUGUGAAAGAGGGCGCCCACCCCUGACAUUUGACUUUGAGGCCAUCGAUGGUUCACAAAGUUGGUUGGAAAAGUGCAGUGGCUGAAAGCUUUGCAGUCUUACGAGAGGACAAAAGGGCAAGUCGGGCGUAGCCCUUGUGCCCCUGACCCCUGCCCUCUUCUCCCGUCCUACUCACAGCUAGAUAUAUGUCUUCAUUGAAGGCUUUGUUGAUUCAAGCUGGUAGGAUAAAAGUCUUUUUUUUUAAAAAAGCUUUUGGAGAGUUCUGAAACUGGCCACACUCUUUGUUUUUUUUGUGUGUACUCGUGACCCUAUCGAGUAUCUCGCAGCAUGUUCCUGUAUAUAUUGUCUGUAUACAAAUCCAGUUUCGCAACCAAAUGUCGGCUGAGAUUCUGAUUUAGGAUGGAGUGUUUAAUAUUAGAGAGAGUAACUUCUUUGUGAGGUAUCUGGUUGAAUUGAAUCCAUUUCACAUGCUGACUAGUGGACUGGAAGACCGAAGUGUAUAAAUAAGUAUUACCAAUGUUAUGUUUUGACUGAUUACUAGGACAGUAUAUGCCAAAAAAACAUUUUCUUUAUGACUGUUCUGCAUUGAUAUGCUCUAUCUAUCUAUGUAUCUAUCUAUCUAUGUGAGAGUGUAAUUUAAAACUGCAUCUUGAUAAGCCCCUUAUAUUUUGUCUAUUGUAAACUGAGGGCCUUGGUUGUGUGUGUGUGUGUGUGUGUGAGUGUACAUAGUGUUGGUGUUUUCUUGCUUCCGAAUGAAUAGACUGUUCUUUGGUUACGGGGGGUGGGGGCAGAGUAUUUCUUGGGAUUUUAAUUUGUAAUUUUGGACAAUGCGCAAGUCAUACAGUGUGUUACCUCUGUGCAGACUCUUCAGGGAAAUUAAUCGUGAAUGCAAUGGAUUUUUUUCCCCUAAGUCUGUAUUUAAAACUGGAAAGCCAAUACUGUAUGUACACAAUGCACUUGCUGUAGUUUGGUAGCCAGUGAGAAACUGUCGCCGAUUUCAUUGUCAAGAGAGGCUUAAUGUGAAAUGGGGAUUUAUUCUAAGAAUGAUUGAUUGUAUUAUUAUACUAAGUUAUUAAUAAAUAACUAUUUUGCCUAUAUAGAAACUCA